UAAGACUUUUCCUAGUUUGUCUUUUUGAGAAUCACGUGGAUCACUCUUUCUCCAUAUAAAUGGCGUCGUAGUAGUCUUCCCUCCUCACAGAAACCAAGAGUCUCCUUCUCUGCAACAAAAGGGUCACAGAGAAAUCUAGAGAGAGAAGCUCAGUAGUAGGAAGAUAAUUACAAAGAUUGAUCUUUAUUAACAGAGGGAGAAUGGGUCGAGCUCCAUGCUGUGACAAAGGGAACGUGAAGAAAGGACCUUGGUCUCCAGAAGAGGAUGCUAUACUCAAAGCCUAUAUCGACAGACAUGGAACUGGUGGCAACUGGAUUGCUCUUCCUCAAAAAAUUGGGCUGAAGAGGUGUGGGAAAAGUUGCAGACUAAGAUGGCUGAAUUACCUGAGGCCUAAUAUCAAGCAUGGUGGUUUCACAGAAGAAGAAGACAACAUUAUUAGCAGUCUCUACAUUAGCAUUGGCAGCAGGUGGUCCAUUAUUGCGGCUCAGCUUCCUGGAAGAACAGACAAUGACAUCAAGAAUUAUUGGAACACAAGACUGAAGAAGAAACUGCUUGGGAGGCACAAGAAUCAGAACAGUGCAGAUCAGGACAACUCUGAUAAUUCCGACCAUACCCUCAGCAACUCAGCUCUAGAAAGGCUUCAACUUCACAUGCAACUUCAAAACCCUAGUUUCUCCUACAACAAUCCUUCCCUCUGGCCUAAAUUGCAUCCUCUCCAACAAAAACUGAUCCACAACACCCUGCAAUCCCUGAACCAUGCCUCCGAUUUCAUAACCACACCGCAAAAAGAUGAUAAUGAACUUUACAAACCAGCUUCUGCUAAUACUACUGAUCAUGAUGAUGAUGAUGAUGCAGUUCAACCAGAAGGUGUAAAGAUCAGCAACCCGGAGAGCUCAGGUCCGGUGACCAGCCCGGCUGGCAUGAGCCGGAUUGAUCAGUUUGAUAUGGGGAUGGAUCAAGUUUCUGCAAUGCAAACUGAGCUUGAUGACAUUCUCAUGAGUGGUUACGUGACACAGCAGCAGAAGCAGGAGGAGCAGGUAGGUGAAUAUGGUUGUUUCGGAGAGAUCAUGAGUGGUUCAUCGAAGGACAAUUUGAGCUGGUGGUCGUCCAAUGAUUUUGAUGCCAAGUCAGCAUCCUCGAACUCUUGGGAUUCAACUACUAGCGGUAGUGAUCCCCAGAUUCUUCAUCAGGGGAUGUUUCAAGAUUAUGAACUAGGUUAUAUAUUGUAGUCAGAGAAGAUAAGAGAAGACCAAAAAUUCUCAGCUAUAGGUACGCAUCUUGAAUAUAUAAGAUUAGUAGGAGGAGUCGAUGAAGCUUCUUGGGUAUGUCAAGUGAUGGAUAUUGACAUGCUAUAAUUAAGAUCAUUUGAUUUUAAUAAAUAUUCAUCGACUCCUUUUACUCGUCUGAUGUAUACAAGAAGGCCGGUAAAUUAUCAUGAAUCUCUGUAUGAUCUGAGGGUAAAUUAUGUAUGAGUU